AUGAAGACCGCCGCUCUGUUGUCAGCCUUCCUCUCACUGGGUACGUUCGCUGCCGCAGAGUCUGUCCCCAAAACCGACUACGAUGUCAUCAUCGUCGGCGGUGGUCCUGCUGGCCUUAGUGCGUUGAGUGGUGUCUCACGCGUGCGGAGAUCUGCUUUGCUGCUCGACGACCAGCACUACCGCAAUGAUCCCACUCGUGAAAUGCACGAUGUCAUUGGCAGUGAUGGCACCCCCCCUGCUGCGUUCCGUGCUCUUGCCCGUCAACAGAUUUCCCGCUAUCCCACAGCCCGCUUCAAGAACUCGACUGUUCUAUCGAUCAACCCUAUUCCGGGCCCUUAUUCGUCCUUCAACGUCAGUGAUAACACUGGCAGUUCCUACACUGCCCGCAAAAUCGUCCUGGGUACCGGUGUUACCGAUGUGCUUCCGAACACUCCCGGCGUCCAGGAGGCCUGGGGAAAGGGACUUUUCUGGUGCCCUUGGUGUGAUGGCUAUGAACACCGUGAUCAGCCUUUCGGCAUUCUUGGCAACAUCGCCGAUGUUCUUGGAAGUGUCUUAGAAACCAACACCCAAUUCGAGGACAUCAUCGCCUUUGUCAAUGGAACAGACACCCCAGCGAGUGAAGCUGCGGCUACCAAGCAGCACGCAAGCUGGAAGGAGCAGUUGAAGGCUUGGAACGUCACGAUCGACAACCGUACCAUCUCUAGUAUUGAGCGCAUCCAGGACGGCGGUGUCCACCGAAACAAUACUGCCGACGUGCAGUAUGACAAGUUCCUUGUGCACUUCACCCAGGGAGCCCCCAUCGAGCGCGGUGCUUUCAUUAUCAAUGCACCUACUGUUCAGCACUCGAAUCUUCCUUACCAGAUGAAUUUGAAUGUGAAGAAUGAGAAGAUCGUUGUUGAUACCUCGAGCAUGCGCACCAAUGUGACUGGCGUCUGGGCCAUUGGUGAUUCUAACAGCGAUGCGUCGACCAAUGUCCCUCACGCGAUGUUCAGCGGCAAGAAGUCGGCUGUCUUCUUGCACGUGGAGAUCUCCAAGGAAGACUCUCAGUCCAUGAUCUCCAAGCGAAGCGGUCUUUCUCAACGAGAGCUGGUGAGGGAGGCCCACCGUGCUAUCGGCACCAACCUUGAGCCCGUAUGGGAACAAGUGCAGAAGAAGUAA